AUGAUGCCACAUAAUCUACAAUGUGAAACAUUUUCUAAGGCUGAUAAGCAUUUUUCAGAUAUAAGCCCCGAUUUUAGUAAAUUGAAUUUUACAAAUGAAUUACCCAUGUUAUAUUCACUUUAUGAUCAGAUAGAAAGUACAGACAAAUAUAAUGCCUAUUCUGAAGAAAUUGACACUUUAGGUAUAUGGUUAAUUCAAAAAUUAUUAGUUAUUUAUAAGGAGACUUUAAUUUACGAAAAUUAUAGGAAUUGUUAUGACUAUAUUAUGAUGCAUUUGAGCAAUAAAACACAUCUAAUGAAAAAUGAUGAAAACUUCCAUCUAAAUACAUCUUAUCAAAAACAGUUAGAUGCGUUUUCAUUAAAAUUGAAUUAUUUAUUUUUCUUAGAUUAUAAUAAUAAAUAUAUUAGACAGUUUUAUAUAUUAUUUGAUAAAGUAUGUAAUAUAAUUAAUGAAUAUACAGAAAAUGGUUAUUCAAACAAAGAUGUUGUGGGUAGUUCUUUAAAAUGUAUGAAUAUGUAUAGAAUCUUUUAUAACACUCUUAAUAAAUGUAAUUCUCAUUUUUAUUUAUUGGAAAAUUUAAAAAAAUAUUACAACGAAUUUAUAAUUUCUUCUAUUAAUGAUAAUAUAAAUGAAAAAAGAAAUUUCAAUUUGGAUACAAAAUUAAAAAAGAUUACAAAUUGUAAUGAAAAUAAUUCAUAUUUUAAAAAACCUACUGAGGAAUUGGGGCAUCAAUGUUCAAGAUAUCAAAAUAGUAAUCCAUAUAGUGAAAAAGAAAAUUCGGUGAAUAUAUUAGAUGAUUCAAAAUUUGUAUUAAAAUAUUUGAAUACAUCAGAUCAUAAAAAGGAAAUAGGAACAAACGAAUUCUAUAAAACAUAUAUUGAAUCAUUUAAUUCACAAAAAAAUCAUGGGAUUGAAUCAGGAAAUCAAUCAGAAAUAUCAUCGUGUGAAUUAAAAAAUACCAAAGAAAAUAAAAUUUGUGAAUUAGUAUGUCGUAUGGAGGAAUUAUUAAAUCCUGGAAUCGGAUUAAAACGAAAUGGAUUCCCAUCAAUAUAUUGUACAAAUAUUUAUAACGAAAAUAGGAUAAACAAUAUUGCAAUAAUAUCCAUUGCAAUAGUCACUGUUUUAUCAAUUGUAUAUAAGUAUCUAUCAUUUGAUUGUCCAGAAAAACUGAAGAAAAAAAAAAGAUGA